AUAAAUGAUGAUUGCUAUCAGACAACUCAGCUCAGCUCAGCUGAAUAUUUCUUUCCAACAAGUUCAGCCAGCCAUGUUAUUUCCCUCAUACCAAUACAGGAAGUUCGAGUUCAAGGACUGUGAUAGGGCCAUUUAUCAUAUAACCUGGGCAGGUCUUCCAACAAAACGAUCUUUGAAUUUCACAAUCAUCUUUGAGUUCUUUUCGCCUGAACAGCCUCAGAUUUACGUCGCAAAAUGGCAAAACAACUUGAUUUCCUCGCGCUUGGGAAAGAGAUAAAGGGUAUAAGGACAACCGAAGGGUUCGACGUUCUGGUGUCUUACUCUGAAGAGAAAAUCAAUCAACUUCUCCGGGCGCGCUCCCAAGAGAUGAAAUCAAUCCUGAAUUUUGGCCCAUUAAAGACAUCCUAUUCCGACCCCGUAACAGAUGAGGAUGUCGAACUUGACGUUUUCAUGACUCUGGAACAUCCUCUCAUUCAGUUCGAGGACGAACACGGAAACAUCACACUGACAUUCGACAUCCAGAAAGCACACUAUGAUGUUAUAGGUCAUAACAGAACUAUAACAUUACCCUCCGGAAUGGUGCUAAGUUUCAAGACCACGCUUAGCAAUGUGACUGGUACCGUGGACUCCAGUCAGAGCAAAGACGGGUUCGCAGGGAAAGGCGCGAAAGCCGCACCGGCAAACAAGACAGUUCCCAUCAAUCCAGACGAGAAAGACGUAUCGCAGGGCGUCUGUAUUACCUUUCAGAAGGCAUCAGUCGACUUAAUCGGCACCACCGACGAGUCCAGAAAGGCAGUCAAAGGCAAGACAUUCAUGUUGGAUGCCCUCAAACAAUACUUCCAGGAAAAUGCCGAACUCAAAUAUUUUGUCGCUGGUGUUUCCAAUCUGUAACGGCUCAGCUCAGCGCCUUCAUCAGCAAACAUCAUCAACACGGCAAACAAUGUCAUGGAAGCAACCAAGACAAACAAGCUGCUUAGCGAGACCA